GAUUUUCUAACAGACUGAUUCUGAUCAAGUUUCUACAACUUGAACCUCUCUUGUCUAUUGUUCUAAUCCUUGUUUGCUUUUUCAUUGAUUUGUAAACGAUGGUGGUGAAAAUGAUAUUGUUGACUCUCUUUUAGCAGAAACGGGGAAGGAAAUAACCAUAACAGAUAUGCAGGACAAUAUCUCACAAUGCCAAGAAAUUUUAUCGUUAUUUUUGCCACUGGAUGAAGUGACCAUUGCUAGGAUAGUUGGUGUGAUUGUCCGUACACAAUCAGAUGACAAGAGUGUACACUCAAAAUUACUUGCUGAUCUUUGUGGCAACAAUACAUCGGAGGAUCUAUCACAAAUGACUGAAUGGGAUGCCGACACUCUUAUUUAUGCAACAAAGCAACUUGCUCCUGAAUUGAACUGGGUAACUAUUAUGGAAAACCUAGAUCAUGAGGGUUUCUAUAUUCCCAACGAAGCAGCUUUUAACUUUUUGAUGUCUGUUUAUAAACAUGCCAGCCAGGGUCACUUUCCUCUCAGAGCUAUUUGUGGCUCUAUCUGGAAGAAUGCUGAGGGUCAGAUUUCCUUACUUAAAUAUGCUGUCUCAGCUCCUCCGGAAGUAUUUACCUUUGCACAUUCUGGGAGGCAACUGGCCUAUGUUGAUGUUGUGAAUGACCAUAAAGUUCAAAUUGAACAUGCAAAUCAUGCGUGGUUGUGUCUUGACCUUCUGGAAGUUCUUUGCCAGCUGGCUGAGAGAGACCAUGCAAGUUCUGUGAGAUCCAUACUCGAGCACCCUCUGAAGUACUGCCCUGAAGUCUUGCUUCUUGGGAUGGCCCACAUUAAU